AUGCCUCCCCCCUCCCCGUCCAUUUGCAGGAAGAGGCUGGAUUAUGACUGGGUCCCCAACCCCAUUCUGGCUGUGGAGGAAGGCUUUCAGUAUGAGGCCAGAAGCGCGGAAGGCCCACUGUGGGAACCGCCGCGCGGCGAUCCGACAGCGCCCCAGGGAGGGGCAGCUCGCUGGCGCCAGGGGGACGAGGACGCCCGAGUCCCUUCACGCCCCCGCGCCGUCGGCGCCGCUGCCCCAGACCUAGACGCCUUGCCCAGGCCUCCCAGGGCGGGGUUGGGGGCGGCGACCGGCAGCAGCCUAACCCCUGGCGCCAGCGCCGUCACCUCCGUCCCUAGGCUCUGUCGCGCCCAAAGCCCCGGGUUCCUGCAGCCUAGGAAGACGAGCGGAGGAAGGCACUGUCCGGAGAGAGGGCGCCAAAGGCGACGCGCGGGCGGCCAGCUCCAGGCCAAGCCCGGUGCGCCUGCAGGAGCCAGCCCCUUCAACCCGGCGCUGGACACAGAGCUGCGGGAGGAGGAUCUUCUUCAGCGCGAACUCAACGCCAGGGCGCCGCCUAGAGGUCGGCAGCUGCCCCAGCCUCAUCCGCCAGCGACCACAGCUGCUUCCGCAGCCACGGCCAGAAACUGGGGGGGGGGGGGGGAAAUCCAGCUCGGGUUUCAGGAACACGGCUUCUGGCACCUUUGA